CUCACGGACCAUGAAAUCAUGACCUGAGUCGAAAUCGGGAGUUGGACGCUUAACCAACUGAGCCACCCAGGCGCCCCAAUAAAUCUUUACAGAUAGAAUUGUAGCUGCCCGCCUUCCCUCGAGUUCCCAAGGGGUAAAUGUGCCUCUAUCCCCACCCCACCCCGCUGCCUCUACCCUGCCCCUACGGAGGAAGGCAGCUUGGCUGUAAGUUUGUGGUUCCCAGCUACCCCAGGAACCCCCCAUUCUUCGUGUCCCCUCAACGGUCUCACUCUCCAGCCCUUUCCCCCAGCCGGCUGGGAUAUCCCCCUAGAUUUCGCAGCGGGGACAUUGCUUCACUGCCAAAGCUGUGGGCCACUAUCCGGGGCCGGGGUUCAAAGGACUGUGCCCUGCUCUCUCUGAUCCAGGGGCGGCCUGUGGCCUGUGGGAGCGGUCCUACCCCAGGCAAUGCCACCCUACCCAAGUGUGCCCUCACCCAGGGCAUCCUUUCUGAGAGCACCUGUAAAGGAAGUGGGGCGGGAAGAAUACAGGGCCCCGUGCCCAGAAGUGGGGGCGGGGGGAGAAGAAAGGGGACCCUUAAGGUAGCCUGCCGUCUGAGGCAGCCGAGAUACCCAAAUGUUAAUCAUCGAUUAGCACAGUUCAGGUGGAAAGGGCAGCUUUAUUACGCGUAAAAUGGACUUAAUGUGGCAGGAGCUGCGGACUUAAUUUUUUGAGAUAAGAUGCUUUUAGGCUAAUCAGCAGGUGUGCGAUGCCUGGAUAUAAAGGGGCUACCGCCGACUCUCUUGAGAGAGGCUCCAAAGGUCCAGAAGGUGGGAGGAAGCAAUCCCUGCCCUGUCCUCGAUCUAAGGAAGAGCUGGAAAGGAAGCCAGGAAAUAACCCUUGGAAGAUGGGAGCCACGAAGAUCUUCAAUCUGCUGCUGGGGUCCCUGCUCCUGGCCGCAGUGCUGGCAGAGAAAGGGGAGGGUCACUCCAGACUCCACACUAGGGUCAGUGGCCCCCGACCUCGAGGCCCCAGGUAUGCCGAGGGGACUUUCAUCAGUGACUACAGCAUCGCUAUGGACAAGAUCCGCCAACAAGACUUUGUGAACUGGCUGCUGGCCCAGAAGGGGAAGAAGAAUGACUGGAAGCACAACAUCACCCAGAGGGAGGCUGGGGCCCUGGAGCUGGCCCAUCAAUCUAACAGGAAGGAGGGGGCGGCGAGGGCGCAGCAGGGCUCCCUACCCAAGAACCCCAGUGAUGAAGAUCUGCUAAAGGAUUUACUGAUUCGAGAGCUGCUGGCUUGGAUGGCGGAUCAGAUGGAAAUCUGCAGGCUCAGGUUUCAGUGACUCAGACCAAACCCAGCUCAGGUCCGGACUCUGCCCUUCAUUUGCUCAGGCCUCAGCUGCACCCCAGGGCCCCCGAGAGAAGCCAAACCAAUAAAGUUUAAGCUGAAAUGAA